UAUUGAAUCCUUACAACAUGUACACUUUGGAUUUGACAAAUGCUAUUGCUGCAAUUUGUCAAAUCCAAAGUGUAUUAGAACACAAUAAAUGUUCGGAUAUUUAUCAGUUAACGUCAAAUCGAAUGUAUUUACUAUCCUAUUAAGUGAAGUGAAUGUGUCGACUGCCAUUGGCAUGGUUUUUUGUUAUUAGAAAACAACUUACACGAUUAACAAUAAAUGGCUCCGACACGAAAAGUCUCAGUGAGGCAACUUGAAAAGUUGUUAGACUUUGCUUAUGCUCACCAGGAUGUUGCUAUGGGCAGGUAUAUAGGUGGGCCUUUUGGCAACCCAGCUUCACGACUGGCGUGGGAAAACCUAGGACUCCAACUUAAUUCCCUCGGAGACGGGGUGUCUAAAACACCCGAUCAAUGGCGCAGAUACUGGAUAGAAUUGAAGGCCAAGGUAAAAACAAAGGCGGCAGACACCAGGAGAAUGAGCAGGGGCAUAAACGGGGAACCCAACCGUCUUGCCCCGUUGGCCCCAUGGGAGGAGAGGAUUCUUGGGUUGAUUGGACCCGUUGCUGAAGGGUCGCCUGAUGUUAGGAUUUCUCAUGAUAGUAUAGGCGACUAUGUAGAGGUACAGACAACAGAAGAUCAGAAGCACACACCAAGCAAUGACCCGUUACUAGCUGAAACUGUGGAUUUACUACCGGCUCCAGGGACUGAUGCUGUAAGCACUCAGUCAGAAACGGAGGAGUACUACACAGUAAAAGUGGAGCAGCACAGUCCCUCUGACAGGGAGUCACCAUCACCGGAGCACAAGCCGCCAAUACACACGGAACCGAAGACUGUACCUCGACGGACCUCCACCACUGGACUUAGACGACGCGCGAGAUUACGCAGACCUUUAAGUAGUGAUGUUCUGAUGCAACGGCUUAUAGAGCUUAAAGAGGAAAAGUUAAGAGUGUCAAAGGAAAGGAAUGAAGCCAUAAAUAGGGUCGGUGAUAUACUGAGGAAAAUUUCCAAUAAACUAGAUGAAUUCGUUUGAAAUUGAAUCAAAAAUGAUUAGGCAGAAUAAUAAGUCAGGUUUACAUUUUUGUAACGACUUUAUGACGGAGUGUAACUACUAAGGGCGAUGCCUUAUUAGUGCGUUGCGUCGUCGCAACGGAUCGACGCAUUGCGCAAGAGGACGAUGCACCAUCUCAAUAUAUACAAAAGAAAUGAACACUGGAAUGAAAUGAAAUUAAUUGCUAAUAUAGAAAUCUUUUUACAAUGGUGCUGAGGACUCUGAAUUAAGUUUGGAUACCUAUAUCUCAGCAUCCUCGCUCUGUAGUUCGUUGGAUCGUCGCCUGUAAAAACAUUUUAUUUGACAGCCUCCAUAGCGCAGUGAUAUGCGCGGUGCAUUUACAAGACGGAGGUUUGAGUUCGAUACCAGGCUGGGCCUUCUUGAUUUGAGGUUUUCUUGAUGUUGGGUCGAAACCGAAAGGGGUGUGGAUUUUCAUCCUCCUCCUAACAAGUUAGCUUCCAUUUUAGAUUGCAUCAUCACUUACCAUCAGGUGAGAUUGUAGUCAAGGGCUAACUAGUAAAUAAAAAAAAAUAUUAAUGUGGCAUGUUAUUUAAAAUAUAUGGAAAACGUAACAACGCGACAUAACGUAACGCGAUAAUGGGGCAUUGUUCUAAUAAGUGAAGUGUGAGCGAGAUCAUUGUCAUAUCUAUGAAGUAAAGAUUUUAUAUUUACAA